CUGGCUUUGCAGCUUCAAGUUAGUACCUGUUCGUCUAAAGUCUAGCUGAGACUCGUGCACGUUGCUUUCAUGCCGGACAUUCCAGUCGGAUCCCAGAUUUUUGACCUUGUAUUUCACCCCACGCACUCGACUGUAUAUACUGGCCUUCUUAACGGAAAGGUCAAGGCCUUUCGGUAUGAUGAACAAGGACAACAUGAAGAAAGCUUCGUGUUAAGACCUUCCAAGCGUUCUUGCCGUUGCUUGGAUACUAGCGAGGAUGGGUCUCAUCUAUGGGCGACUGGGAAGGCAAAAGCUAUUUUCACAAUUGAUACAGCCACUGGGACAAUCAUUGAGACUCGCAAAAAUGCCCAUGAUUCCCCAGUGAAUCGCAUCAAACGCCUCAUGCCCCAGAUGCUGGGCACUGGUGAUGACGACGGAGUAAUCAAGCUGUGGGACCCUCGAAAGUCUAAUCCCAUUCGAGGUUAUACCCAUCAUUAUGACUUCAUCUCUGAUUUCCUUUGGUUAGACGACAAAAAGCAACUUAUCACAACCAGCGGCGAUGGCACAUUAUCAGUGAUUGAUGUGCGUGGAAAGAAGCCAGAACCGGUGGCACAGUCCGAGGAUCAGGAGGAUGAGCUACUCUCUAUUGUUGCUAUUCGAAGCGGAUCCAAAGUAGUAGUCGGCACGCAGACGGGGAUUUUAUCCGUGUUCAAUCGUAGUCGUGGAUGGGGAGACUGUGUCGACAGAGUUCCUGGGCACCCCCAGUCGAUUGAUGCCCUUUGUACUCUGCCGUCGUCAUACCCGUCUUCUCACUCCACCAUCCUCACGGGAUCGUCUGAUGGUCUUCUGCGGGCCGUGCAGCUAUUUCCCACCAAGCUCCUUGGCGUUGUUGCUGACCACGGGUCUUUUCCCAUCGAAAGAAUUGCAGUCGAUCUCGGUGGGGAGGGAAGAUGGGUCGGUAGUGCAGGUCACGAUGACACGCUCAAGAUGACAGAUCUCAGGGCCAUUUUUGAGGACGAAGAGGGUGAAGAGGCAGUUGACGAAUCUGAAAUUGUACAAGCCUCGGAUAUAGACCCCCAGGAACCCGACGGAGCUGUUGUCGAAACCCAAGCACAUCCCGAGGGCACCGCAGCAGUCAUCGAGGCGUCUGACAGUGACGAGGAUGUACAAGACUCUCACUCCCCGAGGGAAAAGAAAAGAAAAUCGAAAAGCAGCAAAAAUGCGUUGGCAGUGAGGAGCAAAAAGGCACGGAACCAGAUUGAUGCAGACCCUUCCUUCUUCCAGGGCCUAUGAUCUUGGCACCGAUGUGAGGCAUACUAUACAUACAUUAACAGCAUCGCCGCCCUCGACGCUAAUCUAACCCCCAUAGGUGCAUCUCAUCGCCUUGCCUCUUGAUACGGGUAGCACUUACAGCCGUUCAGGGACCGGAGGUCCAUUAUGGUUAACCCGUCGGGAGGGUCCGAAGGGUAUGCUGUGAGAUCAGUGCAUCCACGAUUAUCCAUCCCUGUCAGUGUUUUGGUUGCUACAUAUUGCAUCAUCUCAAUGAGAUCCGUGGGCUUUGGUUUUGGUCCGAGAACGCGGUUGUCCUUAGUCUAUUAAUGGAGAGAUAGAUCUGCGAAAGCUCAGCGCUUAGAUACUUGUUAUGUGAUAUGUAAUUAUGCUAUCUCAUUCAUGGUUAGCUCACA